AUGUCUAAGGCUAAUAACACUGAUAGAAUCACAAGUUUGGAAGGAUACGUGGCUAAGAUCCGUGAGGAGGCAGAAAACGCUCGCAAGGAGAGUGCUUUGCAGAUAGCAGAGGUUUUGAAAGCAGUCAAUGACUUAACCACAAAGUUGACCAGCAAGGACGACGAGACUUCUACACCUAAGAAACUUCCACCUAAGGACCUUCGAUGGGGCUCAUUUAAGGUGGAUGAUGCUGAGAGUGAUGGUUGGGAUAGCAAAAAGAAUCAUAAGGAGUACGGGGACGAGAACAAGGGCAGAUCUGGUACUACUAACUACAGGAAUGGGGAUUUCCGAAAGAUCAAGAUGCCAAUCUUUGAUAGUGAAGACGCGUAUGGGUGGAUAUAUCGAGUUGAACGAUACAUUGAAGUUCAAGGGGUUGAGGAACAGGACCAGAUGAAAGUAGCAGCACUGUGCAUGGAAGGAACGGAUUUAUCAUUAUAUCGCUGGAGUGAAGGGAGAUCUCCUUGUCCCUCGUGA